ACCACCAACUCACACUCGUGUUGCUGAUGGAAGUGCUGCUACCUUUUGUCACGUGCUGGAGGAUGGUGGGUGAGGGCAGAGCCCACAGGACCUGACUCGUGGAGGGCACUAAGAGCAGCCAGCUCACCUGCCACCACCCUGUCCCAUGGAAAAAUCCACCUCUAUUUAGAGGAAAAGCCAAGUGCUGUUUACCCUGCAGGUCUCACUGCUCUUUCAGGAGACAACUUCUCUCACACCUGCCAAAUCCCAGGCUUGGGGAGGUCACUGCCUCCUCCAGUGGCAGGCAGCUGGGUUUGUGUGCCCAAAAAAACAGGGCAAGGGGCCCGUGGGCACCACCUGGCCCUGUAUUCCCUGUCACAGCCACUGCCUGUCCCUGGGGAAGCUGGAGAGCUGGCAAUGUCCUGAUCCACAGCGAGACCCUCCUGGAGCCAGCAGGAAGGAGCUGGUGUGGCCCGUGGGACAAGCAGAGCAGGUGUGACCUGUGAAGGGUGGGAAAGACGCUGUGCUCGGAGCUGCUCAUGCCUUGUGCUCCUUGCAGGCCUGCAGGCCUGCUCCUCCCAGGAUAUCUCUGGAGCGUGGCUCUCCCCACAGCCCCCAGACCAAAGGAAGCUCCUCAGACGUGCUGAAUACUCCGUGGGUUGUGCUGAAGCCUUUCUGGGGCUACCUAAAAACAGACACCAGACAAAAUCGAGGGACAGCCCAGCCCUCAGGGACCAAACCCCAGCCCCAUCCUCCAGCGUGGAAACCACCAGGGAAUUACGGCACAGACCUGGGGCUGUCCUGCCACGCUGCUGCAAGGAAACUCCCACCAGGAGGGUGAAACGAGCAGGCAAGCAGGAGGAGGAUGGCAGAAAUGGAGCUGAGUAAGAAGUGUCCCCUCAUGAAUGGCAAUGGUGCAGGAAUUCAGGACAGCUCAUGGACCUUCCCCAACUUGCCCAGUAAGUGCACAUGGACAGCCACAACGCCUGCCAGCAAGUCUCCACACUCCUGUAUUCCCUUGACAGAAGAAAAGAAGAUCUUGCCCAAUAUCCUCAAGAAAAUUGGCUGCACCCCAAUGGUCCGGAUUAACAAGAUUGGGAAGCCCUAUGGGCUCAAGUGUGAGCUCUUGGCAAAAUGUGAGUACUUCAACGCAGGGGGCAGCGUGAAGGACCGCAUCAGCCUCAGGAUGGUGGAGGAUGCAGAGAGAGCCGGGAUUAUCAAACCAGGAGACACCCUGAUUGAACCCACUUCAGGAAACACAGGAAUUGGGCUGGCACUGGUGGCUGCAUUGAAGGGUUACCGCUGCAUCAUCGUCUUGCCAGAGAAAAUGAGUAUGGAGAAGGUCAAUAUUCUGAAGGCACUGGGUGCUGAAAUCGUGAGGACGCCGUGCACCCGCUUUGAUGCCCCCGAGUCCAACAUCCGAGUUGCCUGGAAGCUGAAAAGUGAAAUCCCAAACUCUCACAUCCUGGAUCAGUACCGAAAUCCGAGCAACCCCCUGGCUCAUUACGACACCACGGCCGAGGAGAUCCUGGAGCAGUGUGAAGGCAAGGUCCACAUGGUGGUGAUUGGGUCUGGCACAGGAGGCACUAUCACUGGUGUGGCCAGGAAGCUGAAGGAGAAGUGCCCGGAGUGCAAGAUCAUUGGCGUGGACCCCGACGGCUCCAUCGUUGCUCUGCCCAGUGAGAUGAACAGGACCAACACCACAACCAUCGAGGUGGAGGGCAUUGGGCACGACUUCAUCCCCACAGUCCUGGACAGAUCAGUGGUCGAUCAGUGGUACAAAUGCAAUGACAGAGACUCAUUCCUCAUGUCCCGCAGGCUGAUCAGAGAGGAGGGGUUAUUGUGUGGUGGCAGCUCGGGCAGUGCCAUGUCUGUGGCUGUGAAGGCAGCCAAGGAGCUGAAGGAGGGUCAGCGCUGCGUUGUCAUCCUGCCCGACUCCAUCCGGAACUACAUGUCCAAAUUUGUGAAUGAUAAGUGGAUGAUAAGUAAUGGGUUCCUAAAUGACGUCCAGGAGCACAAGCCUUGGUGGUGGAACAUCAAGGUGCAGAAACUGAACCUCUCAGCCCCUCUCAUUCUCCUCCCAGAAGUCAGCUGUCAAAAGGCAAUUGAGAUCCUCCAGGAGAAGGGAUAUAACCAAGCUCCUGUUGUUGCUGAGUCAGGGCUUAUUUUGGGAAUGGUGACCCUCAGCAACACCCUCAGCUCCGUGCUGGCUGGAAACGCGGAGUUCUCAGACCCUGUCACCAAGGUCACCUACGACCAGUUCUCAAAGAUCGGCCUGGAGGACAGCCUGGGGAAGCUUUCCUGCAUCCUGGAGAACGACCACUUUGCAAUCAUUGUACUCGAGCAGAUGCAGUUCAGUGGAAACGGCAGCUCCUUCAUGAAGCAGAUGGUGUUAGGUGUGGUCACAGCCAUGGACCUCCUCACCUUUGUCAACAGGAACGACAAGAAGUAGCAGAGCAGCUCGGCUGGCCCCGCUCCUCCAGCAGGUCCAGGUGUGCCCCGGAGCCCAAACCACCUGGUCAAGGGAGCCUCUGGCUCAAUCCAGCCAAUAGUUUCUCGAAAUGUCUAAGUAAAAAUUGUGAUGUAUUGUAUUUGUCUGCAAAAUGCCACCCAUGGUAUCACUAAAGAGGAGAUAACUAAAGAAAUUGUGUUUAACAGC